CGUGUCUAGUUGACCUGAAUCAAAGAUGCUACGAGCAUUGAGUCUACUUGGUUGUGCCGCAACUAUCGCGGCCCAGUUCAAUAUCAAUCAUACCCAAUAUGAAACAAGUCCUCCAGUGUACCCAUCACCACAAAUAAGCGGAGUUGGAGGCUGGGAUGCAGCUCUAGAGAAAGCCAAAGCUUUUUUGGCCGAAUUGACAAUAGAAGAGAAGGCUCGGAUGGUGACUGGUACGUCAUAUCUCAAUGGAUUUCCCAGUGUGGGCUACAGGCAGAUGUUAGUAACGAACGACCUAUCACAGAGCCCGUGGACACUGUUCACGGAGCUUGGUCCGCUCGCCAACAAACAUGUGUUUGUUGCCAGCUCUGGGCUUUCUCGCUUUGUAGAUCUUGAACGCUCACUAUGACAGGCACUUCUGGACCAUGCGUUGGUAACAUAGGCCCAAUUGAAAGACUCAACUUCACUGGUCUUUGCCUGCAGGAUGGUCCGCUUGCCAUUCGGCAGGCAAUCUAUGUCUCUGUAUUCUCUGCAGGAUUAUCGGCUGCGGCAUCAUGGGAUCGGCCGUUAGUCCGCAGGCGAGGAGCCUACAUGGGUGCGGAGUUCAAGGGCAAGGGUGCUCACGUUGCCCUUGGUCCUGUAGUCGGCCCUUUGGGACGUUCACCGUACGGUGGACGGAACUGGGAAGGCUUCAGUCCUGAUUCCUAUCUCUCUGGUGUGCUCGUUGAAGAGUCGGUCAUGGGUAUCCAGAGCGCUGGCGUUCAAUCUUGCACAAAGCACUACAUCGCCAACGAACAAGAGAUUCAACGGAAUCCUUCGACAAUAAACGGAACCACAAUCGAGGCCCUCAGCUCUAAUCUUGAUGACAAGACUAUGCACGAGACCUAUCUUUGGCCUUUUGCGAACGCAGUCCGUGCUGGAACAGCCUCAGUCAUGUGCUCGUACAACCGAAUCAACGGUAGCUAUGGUUGCCAGAAUAGUAAGAUCCUAAAUGGGUUGCUGAAGGAAGAGCUAGGCUUCCAGGGCUACGUGGUUAGCGAUUGGCUUGCAACUCACUCUGGUGUUGCUUCUAUUGAGGGUGGUCUGGACAUGAACAUGCCAGGGGGUAUUGGGUUCUUCAGUCCCACUCCGUCAUUUUUUGGUGGCAAUGUCACCAGCGCUGUCAACAAUGGCUCUCUUUCAGUGGAACGAGUUGAUGAUAUGGUCCUGAGGAUCAUGACACCGUACUUCCACUUGAACCAAGACGUGGGCUUCCCAGCCAUCGACGGAUAUACUUCAAAGAUUGGAUUCUUUGGGCCUGGGCCGUACGCAUUCAACUAUACCAGUGGCCCUAUCGUCGAUGUUCGUCAGGAGCAGCACGCACAACUGAUCCGCGAUCUUGGAGCAGCCGGUACCGUAUUGCUGAAGAACACAAACGGUACCUUGCCGUUGGGAAACCCAAACAACAUCGGUGUGUUUGGCAACGACGCAGCCGACUUUACGAAAGGCCAAUACUCACUGGUCCUUAGCGGCACGAGCUUAUUGGACGGUGACUAUAACAUUGGUACACUCGCUGUCGGUGGAGGAUCAGGCACGGGUCGCUUUCCCUACGUUGUAUCGCCUCUGGAGGCUAUCAAGGCCCGCGGUCGAUCUUAUGGAGCCAUCGUCCAGUACAUCACCGACAACGAGUACAUUGUGCAAGGUGGUCUUGCUGCCCUUGCACCUGUACCACCAGACGUCUGCAUUGUGUUCUUGAAGUCCUGGGCGAGUGAGGGAGACGAUCGAUCAACGCUGAUUGCAGAGUGGAACUCUACAACUGUCGUCAAUCAGACUGCUGCGAUCUGCAACAACACUGUUGUAGUGCUUCACGGCGCAGCACCGAACACCAUGCCAUGGCGCAACAAUCCCAACGUUACUGCCAUUCUCGUCGCGCACAUGCCCGGACAGGAGUCUGGUAACUCUAUCGCUGACAUAUUAUGGGGUGAAGUAGACCCUUCUGGUAGACUUCCGUACACGAUUGCGAAUGAGGAAACCGACUACGCCAAAAAUCUUCUGAAUAGCACAGAAUUGGCAACUACUAUUGACCCCGAUGCCUGGCAAGCAGACUUCAUUGAAGGGAACCUCAUCGACUACAAAGAAUUUGAUGCACGGAACGCCAGCGUAGCCUUCGAAUUUGGAUUUGGACUGAGCUACACAUCGUUCAACAUGUCCAACUUACAGAUUAACAUGAGUGCUGGCAAUGUCUCAAGGACGCCCAAUUCAGCUGCCCCGAUCCAACCAGGUGGCAACGUAGAGUUAUGGGCAACACUCGCUACGGUCAGCGUCUCUGUCAGUAACACUGGCUCUAUCUCUGGCGCUACCGUCCCUCAGCUGUAUCUCUCGUACCCAGACGAGGCUGAUGCACCUGUUCGUAGCCUGCGAGGAUUCGAAAAGAUUGCCCUGAGUGCUGGUACAUCUGGCACGCUCCAGUUCCCGCUCACUCGACGUGAUCUGAGCUACUGGGAUACUACUGCACAGCAAUGGACGCUACCAACCGGUCCUAUCGAUGUCUAUGUUGGCUUCAGCUCUAGAAAUCUACUUCUCCAGGGUAGUCUGAGCAUUUGAGGGUACUAUCGUUCUCAACAACAAGCACAGUUUCGUUGAGAUGACCACACCAUGACUACAUAUCUCUUGUCGACUAAGAUGCUGCGCGCAUUGUUUGGUGUCCAUUUCCUCCUGUUGAGCUAUUUCAUCGGCGAAUUAAAUGUAAGUGCGCCUAUGCGAAGGACAAGAUA